AGUACAGCUCGCCCGGUGCAGCCGCCGUUCAGCCCUCUAAUCAGCCCGGCCCCAGCUAGGCAGCCACCCUGCUUCACUUGCUCGGCAGCUUUGCCCGGCAUCGGCUACUGACAUCCGCCACGCCGCUUCUUUCUUCUCCCGUUUCUUUCCGCUUGCCCACGCAUAUGCUCCAUGGGCGCCCGCGGAUGCCUGGCUCCGUUCCAGGUGGGUGCAUUUUGUGGGUUUCGCGUUGUCGCGGCGAAUGGCAGCAGCCUAGUUGCGAGCUGGAACGCGUCCGCCCCUGCAAGCGGCAGCAGUCUCCACGACACUCGGACUCCGUUUGGCGUGCCGAAUGCGGAGCAGCGUGGAGCGCGCACCGGUGUCUCGUCUCGAAGGUAACAAGUAACCGCAUUGCCGCUGACACUAACUUCUUUCGUGAUGUUUAUUGCUAGCCUGGAGCUCGCGACGGCGUCUUGCAUUCGCAUUCACUCGCAAGCACUUCGUUUUAAGGUGGUGUGCACGAUCUUUGCGUGCCUUGGAAACCGGAGGCCCGCGCCAUCAUGCAUUUUAUUGACGAGUGUUGCGGAACUAAUGCGUACUUAUACCAGAGCGGAAGGCGGAGUGGGCUUGCAGGCGGCACGAGAGUAGACAGUCAGUAGCGCAAGUUGCGAAAGCACAUGUUACCUCGUAACCGACGGUACACGCGGGGGAGCUAUGCAUUGGGUGUGUGAUGGGACAGGGUUCAAGGCAGGUUGGCGAGGUCCCGUAGGGUGCAGCCGAUGCAUUGGGUGUGAAUGGGUUGUGAAACCGCCGGGGCCCAGGGGUCAGGCUGGGGGUCAAGGGAAGAGCUGCACCGGGCUUCAUAUGUGUCGGUAGCCAACUGGGGGAGGGUGGUUUCCCUUCGGGCCGGAGAUGGUCCCUCUUGACCUGGGUGCGGGGCACCCUUGCUUGGUCGGACUGUCCCUUCUUUGUAAGAUCGCAAUCAUAUGUGCAGUUGCCGAGACACGCUUUACGCGAAGACCUGUUGCACGGUUGUGGAAGGUCGGUAGCCAACUGGGGGGAGGGUGGUUUCCUUUCGGGCCGGAGAUGGUCCCUCUUGACUUGGGUGCUGGGCACCCUUGCUUGGUCGGAUUGUCCCUUCUUUGUAAUAUCGCAACCAU